AUGUUGACUAAUUCACGUUACAUUCUUAGCAGGGCAAUUCAAAGUGCUAUAUUUGCAUUUUGUAGCGGAGUGUUAAUUGUUCAUGAAAGUGUCGCAGUGUCGGAGGUGGCGCUGGCGGCGCUCGAACAAAGGAAUAUGAAAGUGCGACGUUGCCGAAACCUGAAUAAUUCGGUUGCGCUGCAACGGGCCAAGGACGCGCUCUCGCUCGAUACCGCACCACAGACCUCCGCCCGCUGCGCCCAGAGACAACUGGCACUCUCUCUUUACAACGGCGUUGAUGCUAGGUUCAUUAUUCAUUUAUUGUUAAGUAAUAUACGGUAG